UGUUCUGAUAUAAUGAAAAGAGACCCAAGCAAAGAAGGACAAGAUGGAGUGUACGUUAUUUACUCUGACACCCGGAGAGAGGUCUUCUGUGACAUGACGACAGAUGGAGGAGGGUGGACGGUAAUUCAAAAAAGACUAGAUGGUGACGUCGAUUUUUACAGGACAUGGAUAGAGUAUAAACACGGAUUUGGAAAUGCCACUAAAAAUUAUUGGAUAGGGAAUGAUGCAAUCCACACCUUAACGAGGGAUAAAAACCAAGAACUCCGAGUUGAUGUUGAGCGAUAUAACGGGCAACAUGCCUAUGCUGUGUACACCACAUUUUACAUCGGAGAUGAAGACAAUAAAUACACAGUGACAGUAUCUGGAUAUAACGGGACAGCGGGUGACGGUUUUGUUCAUAAUGGUAUGAAAUUUAGUACACAUGACCAGGACAACGACUUGGAAAGUCGUAAUUGUGCUCAAAUGUUUAAAGGCGCCUGGUGGUACAAAGACUGUUUCCGCUCAAACCUGAACGGGAGGUACGCCAAGUCUGCAGUGAUUGGCGGUCAAUAUAUGGUAUGGAAGAUACUGGCGGAUGAUGAAGCUUUACGAAAGAGUGUGAUUAUGGUAAGGCAGAGAAACUGACUUAAAUUAUGAUCAGCCAUUACAUUAUGCAGCAAUGGAAGUGUACAGAAGCUCUACAUAAACUAGGACUGUGAUUAUAUAGACAAAAUAGAGUUUAGUAAAAUUAUUAGCAAUUAAGUCUAUUAUUUGUAAGAAUUUUGAAUGUUUGGUGUUAUUAAAGAUGUGCUUGUAUAUUUGGAAUAGAUUGGAUGCACUCUAAAACUUAAUUAUUU